CUCUCGAAAGUUCCAUAUAGACGCGCCCUGGGAGCACCCUCUCCUGUGACGUCACACAUCGUGAACGUUGGCGCACUUGAUGUAACGUUGGAGACGCACGCGUCACGAAACAACACAUGGGUUGUGCGCGUUGUGUGCGAUGAGUAUACAGUAGCGAUCCUCUUUUCUUGAACGCACGUACGUCUGUCGACAUUGUUGCUCGCUACAAAACUUCGUCGACGUUUGUUUUCUUUCCUCUACUUCGCAAGUUCGACAACGUAUACUCUCAUCAUCGACCUCAGCCUAAGAUUACUAUGCUGACGGUUCGUACUCCGGACCCGUGGAUCGUCAUGUUCCACGUGAUGUCUUCAUUCAUGAUGCUGGAUCCGAUGGAGACUUACUUCAACCAAUCUCGGCUGGUACAAGCCAUGAACGUCUUCGGCAAAAAGCAAGUAUCCAGUGAUUUGGAUAAAUACUUGACAGAAGGUGCUAUCAUGUAUCUUUGUCCUGGCAACGCAGAAGUAUUGAAAGUAUUUUACAUAAAGUCAAAGAAAACUGCAAUUGCCACCAUUGGCGCUCAAAACAUAAACUUUUUUUCUAAAAAAAUAUUUGAAAUGGUUCAUAAGCUCAUAACAGACACACAUUUUAUGUAUGUUAAUGUAGGCUAACGAUUCCAUAUAAUCAUGCUAGUUUAAGUAUAAGCCAAAUAUCAAGCCAAGUUUGUCAAGGCUGCAAGCUUUUACGGAUUUGAAGUUUUUUCAUUGUGUCGGGUUUUUUUUGUCCCAAACGGCGAGCAUUGAGCUCCCCUAAUCCCUGCUCGGCACAAACCGGCGGUAACGCCCCAACCGAGCAGGGACCCGUCACCACCCAACGGGAGCCGCAGCUCGCUGAGUCCCCGGAGGAAGCCCGAAGUGUUCUCCUCCUGGAGGACAAGCUGAAGGCGACGAAGCGAAGACUGGAACAGGCCCUGGAGCAAGAGGCCCGAGCCAAGGACUACAAGACCAGACUUGUGAGGCACCGACGCAGCUUGGAGGAGCAGCGGAUCAGCAGCAGGCGGGAAGUUGAGGACCUGCCGGUCGUCCUCAGGCGCUUCCGUCUCAGGCACCAGGAGGAGAUGACGGCUCUGUGGGAGAUUGCGGAGUGGACUCGGCAGGAGUGCAGUCGGAUGAGGGACAAGGUGAACCGCCUGAGAGAGCGAGUCGUGAAGAUGAAGAAACAACAUGAGAAAUGGAUAGCAGAUCACGACAUCGAAAACCUAAAACCUGAAGACCUGGCGUGUGCGCUGAAAUGCUCGAAGCAAAGGGAGAAGGCACUGGACCAACAACGACGCCACUUGGAGCUCCAGCAAUCCCACGCCGCCUUCAUGAAUCAACAGCUGCAAGUCAGGAACAACCUGCAAGAACGCACACAUCAGCUCAAACAGCGGCUGUCGCAGACCAAGAAGGAGUACCGACAGAAAGAGAGGGCCAAUCACGUGAUAGAUGGUCACCUGACCAAGCUCAGGGGCGACCUGGCCUGCCUCCAACAAGAUCUGGUUCUGCGCCCGCAGCUCGAAGUCAUGCAGGAAAAGUGCCGCCGAUGCAUCGCGUUUGUAAAACUGCUGGGAAAAAUCUUCGUACUGGAGGUCAUCUGUGGACUAUGCAUAUACUUCGCAUUGUUCUCUUUGCUUUAAGAAGCAAUCCAAGAAAUUUAACUCAACUGAAACAAUUCAGAUAUCCGAGAGCAGUGCAACUUUAAGGAAUAUCUUAAUUUCAAUAAUCGUUUCAAGGCAGCCGAAAUUUUGACCACAUAAAACGUAACAAUAUUUCAAUUGGAAACAACUUUGGGGAGGGGGCAAUUAUAAGUUCAUCAAAACACAACUCUGUAAGUCUGACAACGUAUAACUUAUUUAACAAAAUGAAAUUUAGACAGGAUAUAAUAUCACUCUAUGCACGUAAUCCUCUUUGGAUCCACACACUAUUCUUUAUUGCGAUACAUCGUUAACGGUAGCUAACUCCAUUUUAGAACUCGGUUAAAAUCAUCUCGUUUAUCUUUUACCGCAUCAAAUUCAGAAGAAGAAAAAAUCAACAUUGACUAUCAGCACUGCCGCAAAAUGGAGAUUAACUCCAAUUUGUUCUUCUUUAUAAACAAACAAAAAUACCAAAAAGACAAUAAAAUGCCGGAAAAUACAGACAAAAAUCAUCUUGAACACUUAUUGGAUGUCUGCGUGGUAU